GAACUCUUCUAGUCUUCUUCACCACUGUCACUAGAAUCGACAUCGGUGGCUUUCUCUGAAGACUGUGCGAAGAGAAAGAGAUAAAAAAAAAAAAGGAUAGGGGAAAAGGUCUAGAGAGAGAGAGAGAGAGGGCGAGGGAAGCUUGCCUUAACUUACGUUUGCCGCUUGCUGAAGAAAGAGAGAGAGAGAGAGGAUGGUGGGCUCAGGAGGAGGAGAUAGGAGCAACAAAGAAGCGGUUGGGAUGAUGGCACUUCAUGAGGCCCUCAGGGCCGUCUGUCUCAACUCAGACUGGAUUUACUCUGUUUUCUGGACUAUUCGUCCUCGCCCGAGAGUCAGGGGAGGCAAUGGUUGCAAGGUUGGGGACGACAAUGGAAGCUUGAUGUUGAUGUGGGAAGACGGAUAUUGCCGAGGAAGAGCUGGAAGAGAUGGAUUCGACGACAACAUCGAUCAUGGGGAAGAAGAUCCUGUACGCAAAGCAUUCAGCAAAAUGUCUAUUCAGCUAUAUAAUUAUGGAGAAGGGUUAAUGGGGAAGGUUGCAUCAGAUAAGUGCCACAAAUGGGUGUUCAAGGACCCAUCUGAAUCUGAACCAAAUGCGGCCAACUACUGGCAGAGCUCUUUUGAUGCUCUUCCCCCUGAAUGGACUGAUCAAUUUGACUCUGGGAUUCAGACCAUUGCAGUGAUUCAAGCUGGUCAUGGCCUACUCCAGUUGGGUUCCUGCAAGAUUAUAGCUGAAGACCUGCAUUUUGUGCUGAGAAUGAGGCAUACAUUUGAGUCACUCGGCUACCAAUCUGGCUUCUACAUCUCCCAGCUCUUCUCCUCCACCACCACCAAUAGAAACAACAUUUCAUCAUCACCCUCAAUCCCUUCCAAGCAGUCUCUAAUGAUGCCCACCAGGCCUCCCCCGAUUUUCAACUGGGGCCAUGGCCAAAGGCCCCUCCCACCAUCUGCAGCAGCUUCCAUGCUCAGCUCCCCCAAUUUCCAGCACCCAGAGAGAUCGAUGGGGUUCCCACCACAGGGGAAAGAAGAGCCACCGCCACCACAUAUGUUCCUGCUCCCCCAUCCGUCGGUGGCGUCGGAGCCUAAUAGAAUGGAGGAGAUGAUGAUGGGGCCAGGGGAGCAUGAGAGCGACAUCAAAUGGCCCAAUGGCUUGUCUUUCUUCAGUGCUCUAACUGGAAGAACAGACGUGGAUGCCAAGCUCUUGUCAGGAAACAAUUCUGAAGCUUCGGAAAUGCAUGAUUGUAAUCCAUUUUCCUCCUCUGGCUCUCGGCCGGAUGGCUGUGCAACAAGCUCAAGAAGCUACUUGGAAUGAUUAAGGAGAGUGUCUGACUGAGUGAGUGACAGAGAGAGAGGGAGAGAGAUUAUGAUGAUAGGUGCCACCUUUUUAAGAGUUGAGCUUUUGUUUCCAGGUUCAGUUUCAACUAUAAGACGUACUGUUGUAGUAGUAGUACCGUCCUUUUGUUAGUUUCUUAUAUCAUGUAGCUGAUGUUUCUAAUGUGAAAUCAUAAGCUUAGGGUUUAAUACUAUCAGAAACUCAGAAUGUGUGAAUUUUGCUCAAAUUAUCAUUUGUGUCGUCAAAUUUCUGAAAUGACUUGGAGAGUUUAUAGUCG